AUGGUAGGGCUCAGGAUGAGAGCUGAUACUCCUAAUCUAGAUGAGAGUGGAUCAGAGCUGCCACACACUAUCACUCAGGCUGGGAUGAGAGCCAAUACUCCUAAUUCAGAUGAGAGUGGAUUAGAGCUCCCUACUAUAAAAAUUACAAUACGUCAUGAUUACAUCACCUUUUCUUCUAAAUCCAUUAAGUGGUGA